AUGACGACCGACGUUUCCAAGUACCGCUUCAACCACACGAUGUACCGCAUCAAGGACCCGAAGGCGUCCCUGAAGUUCUACUCGGAGGCCCUGGGCAUGAAGGUGCUCGAUCAGCACCACAACGACGACGCAAAGUUCUCGCUCUACUUUGUCGGCUACGAAGACCCGGCGUCCGAGGGUCUGGUGCGUCUGGGCCGCCAGGGCAUCCUGGAGCUCACGCACAACCAUGGCACCGAGAACGACGCGGCGUUCUCGUACAACACCGGAAACGGCGAUGUCGGUGGAUACGGCCAUAUCGCAAUCACGGUCGAUGAUCUGCAUGCCGCAUGCGACCGCCUGGACAAGCUGGGCGUCAAGUUCAUCAAGCGCCCCGAGGACGGCCGCAUGAAGCACAUCGCUUUUGUCGCCGACCCCGAUGGCUACCGCGUUGAGAUCCUCGAGAACCCCCAGCUCAAGGCGUAA